AGCAAAAGCUGUAAACUGGAUUUCUUUGUUCGAUAUGAAAGUGUUUUCUCUCAGGCUCUUUCUGAUGCCCAGACUGUGCUGAAAAGACUCGAAGAAUGCAAAGAAACAGAUGCCUCUCCAAAAGAGAGCCCUUCAUGUCCACACUCUCUGGGAAGAGCUGGACCUGCUGCAGUUUCCCCUCUGUGGAGUCAUUGCCAUAGGUCACUGCACUGCCACAGUGCCCUGAUGUGUGAGCAUUUACACCUGCUAGGAAAUGGCAGCCCACCGGCUCCUGCUGCGGCCCCAAGCAGUUGCAUACAGGCUUUUUAUCAUCAGAAUAAAAACGACAAUGACAGCAGAAAAUGGCCAAUCUCCCUGGAGCUGGGCUGAACUUCCCACUUCAAAGAGAGCACAGCCGAGGAAGAGGCGCUGACCGCUUGCCUGCUGUGCUGCAGGGAGGAGCUGAUCCAGAGCAUGGCACGGCUGAGCCCCUUCACAGAGUUUUGGAGGCAGUAGAAGAGGGAUUCCUGACUGCCUCAGAGAAGCAGGCAGCAGACAUUGAAGAUCCCCAUGACUGCAAGGAGUGCCAGAUGAGCUUUGCCACCCUGCAGGAGCACCACAAGCAUGUCCAUGAAGCCUUUUCCUGGGAAUACCACCCCUGCCACACCUGCUCCCAAAUCUUCAGUGCCCCAUCGCUCCUGGGGUGCCAGAGGGUGACCCAUGUUGGGGGAAAGCUUACCUGGGAAAUGUGUAACAAGGCUUGCCAGCAGUUACCAGGGCUAUGGUAUCACAACAGGACCCACCACCCUGAUGUCUCUGCAGCUCAGAAUCACUGCUCCUCCAAGUUCUCCUCCCUGCAGUGCAGCUGCUGUGACAAAACCUCCACCCUGGUUGUCCCAGGCCAGACUCAGGCAGUGCUUCUCCCAUGGGUUCCCAACUGUUCUGCUGCUUGUGCUGCCCCAUGGCCUUCUGCUCCCUGGGCCCUGCAGAGCCGUGUCACCAGCCAGCACCUCACACAGACAGACAGCACCUUCAUCUCUGGGGAGCUCUGUGGGGAGCUCUUCCCCUUCCAGGGGAAGCUGGAGGGCUCCUCAGCACUGAGCAGCCCAAGGUGGCCUUCUCCAAGCCACCGCAGCCCGGAUUGUGCAGGUGACUCAGACCUCAGAGCAAGGAGCAGCAGAGCACUCUGCAUAAUCUCUUUUGAAGAGGCCAAUCUUGUGAUGUUGCCCAAAUCCCAAGUGAGCCAAACUUGAGGCUCUGAACUGAUGACAGUGAGAACCUGUCUGAGGGCAGUCAUUCUGAUUUCUGAAGAAAUCAAGUGAGGGACAGGGGAGGGUGCCUGUGCCUGGCACCUGGUAUGUGCUAGGCUUGUUCAGGAGCUCAGUGAGCUGCUCCACUUGGGAGAUUUGGGGCCUCUUUGGGAAAGCAAUCCCAGGCUCACAGUAAGCACAGCAUGACCAUGACAGGAGAGAUUCAUAGGAGGUUCAGGGAGCAGUGCCUGGGAAGUCUCCCUGCAGAACACACGAGA